AUGGCUCACGAUGAGGACUUAGAACCGGAGCAAAUUGAUUUCAAGGUUUCAUCAUUUCGUGGCUCGUUGCGACGCACUUGGCAUGACUUUUGUGCCACCAGCAGCAUUCAUGGCCUAAAGUAUACACGUGAAGAGGACACGAAUCGUAUAGUUCACUUCAUUUGGCUCCUCAUCUCACUGGUGAUGUUCAUAUGUGCCAUUGUUAUGGCUCAGACCUUCUAUGCCGACUAUCGUAGUAAUCCUACACGCAUGAAUGUGGAAAGUGAUCAUACGCCAGUGAAUUAUUUAUAUUUCCCACCUAUAACCAUUUGCCCGGAUGUUUUAUUUAAUAUGCAAAAAUCUCAAGCAUUUCUACAGACUCUACAGCUGCCACAGGGAACUGAACUUUUGGAUAUACAAAGACAUUUGCAUAUAUUCUAUGGUUUCAUGGUCGACGAUGAACGUUAUGCCAAUCAGGAUAUUGAGGACAUGGAAACCCUUUUGGCCAUUAACAAUUUGACAUUGCAAGAAUUUGUGCAACAUUUACGUUGGGAUUGUGAUGAGAUUUUGCAUCGUUGUCGUUAUCGUGGUCAAAUUGUCAAUUGUUCGCAACUCUUUCAGCUAUCGAAGACUUUUUUUGGGCACUGUUGUUCUUUCAAUUUGCGACAAAAUGGUCUCAAUUUCACAGGUCAACGAGCUGCUGGUGGCUUAGACUAUGGACUUUCUGUUAUAGUUCGCUAUAAGGAUGCCAAAUACGAUCCUGUGCAAUCGUAUUCGUAUGGUGUAAAGCUGCUAAUACAAGAAACCGAUGCCUUUCCUAGUGCUCAUUCGGUUUCUAAAUUCAUUUCCUUUAAUACUGAAGUCUUUGCCACUUUGAGACCGCAGGAAACUUUUUGUUCAAAUGCUGUUAAAGCAUUGACAAUUAAGGAACGAAAUUGUGUUUUUCGUCAAGAGUUUCCUUUGCGUUACUUUUCGGACUAUGUCUAUCCGAAUUGUGAGCUCAAUUGUAGAGUCACGAAUAUGGUCAAGUUUUGCGGUUGUUAUACUUAUUUCUUCGAUUUCAAUCGCACACAUGAGAGGAUAUGUUCUUUUCGUGAUAUUCCUUGUUUGGUGGACAACUUUGCCAAUAUAAUAACACGUAGACGUAGCACUCAGUGUCCAUGCCCUUUGACCUGUGAAUACUUUGAUUAUGAUGUACAAAUAUCGAAUUUUCCUCUACAACUAAAUAUGCCAGUUAUGGAUCCAUUUUAUUCUGAUAUAGCAAAAAACGAUGGAAUCGUACAUAUAUUUAUAAAUUCGCAAGUUUAUCGAAGAGUACGUCAUGAUUUGCUCUCUAAUAUGGUCACUUUGGUCUCAAACUUGGGAAGUGCUUUUAGCCUAUUUGUGGGUAUGAGUAUGCUUAGUGUGGUCGAGAUUAUUUACUACUUUUCGAUCAUUUUGCGUAAGAACUACAUGCAAGAGUGUCAAGCACGGCGUAGAUAUUUCCAAAAGAGGUCAAAGUUCGAGAACCAGAUGUCAAUUUUUACAAUACACAAGACACAAUCAGAAUGA